GUUGGCCAUACUGUCUGUCAUGUCAUGUCAGCUGAAAAGAAAUUUGUAGAAAGAAUCAAAGAUUUGCAUGCGUAGUACGUAACAGGGUGUUUAUUUAUAAAUUGAUCAACUUAGAUCAAACAAAAUGGCAACAGGAGUAAAACCUCGAGAUGAAGAGUCCCAGCUUACUCGGACGGACCUUGAAGUUAUCCAGGAAGCAAUGAAAAAUAAGAAAUUUCGUGAUUUGUUGGUUGACUACUGCGAAGAAGUACGUGACCCGGCAAAUCAAGCUUUGUAUCAGAAAGAAAUGACCCAGCUCGAGAAAGAGCGUGGUUACGAUGUAACAUUCAUAAAUCCAAAGGGAGGCUAUGUUAUUAAAACAAGUGUCGCUGGCGACAGGAAAGCGUUUAUAAAUAUUUGUAGUAAUGAAAAUAUUGACAAACCGUCUUACAAAGUUCAAGAAGUAAGUGGCCGAAAAGGAAUGAAUUGGCUGUUGCCGUAUUCAAUAAUUCCUCCUAGGGAAGAUUAUGACCAUAAAAAAGAGCGCUGUGUCAUUUACGAUGUUGUGUUUCAUCCAGAUACUUUGCGCAUGGCAGAGGCUAAUAAACAAUUUCGCGAUUUGGUAAAUAAAACAGCAUGUGAAGGACUCCAAAAUACUUUCAAUAUCCACUUUGAUAGCAACAAUUUACGUUUUCCCAAAUCUCACUAUAAAGGGAUGACUAUGCCAGCUGUAAUAAGGAAAGAGGAUCCUAAUUUUCAACCACCUUCUGAAGAGGAUAGUGAGGAAGUGUCACCAGAGUUAUUAGAUAAAUUGUAUCCUCAAUCGAGUUAUACUGCAGAGAAAAAUUCCCAAACAGAAGCAAGACAAAAGUGUAAACUGAAAACCAAUGUUCAAUCAGAAUUUCAUCAUGCAUCUGAUAAUGGAUAUACUGUACCUAAAUAUACAAUUAAACAACAGAAAAAUGUUGAUUUCCAAGAUUACACUUAUAAUAAAGAUUGCAAACAAUAUGCUGCUAUUCCCAGUCAUAUAGUGGUGGAAGUAAAUCUUCCACUUUUAUCUUCUACCAAAGACUGUAUCCUUGAUGUCCACGAUAAGUCUUUGGGUUUGAAAUCUGAAAGACCAGCAAAAUAUAAAUUAAAUAUUGUACUCCCUUACUCAGUAAAUGAUGAAAGUGGUAUUGCUAAGUUUGAUAAGAAUAAGCGUACCUUGACAGUGACUCUACCAGUGAUAAAGCAACAUAUGAACAGUGACAAAAUGAAUUCUCUUAAAGUAGACAGUGGUGUAGAAAGUGAGAACUCAGAAUCCCAGAGUGAUGAAGAUAAUGCAGAUAGUAAAAUUAUUGAAAUAUCGUCGACUCCAGUAGAAUAUAUAAAGAAAACGUCUGAUGAUCACAAUAAAUCAACCAGUACCUUAUCAUCAUUUUUCAGUGAGUCGCUUGGUUAUGUUUUACCUGCAUACACACACAAUGUGUUGGAUGAAGUGAUUGCAUUCACUUUCCAUGUUAAAAACACUGAGCCAGAUUCUGUUAAAGUCCAAAGAAUUUGCAACAAAGUGUUUAUUAAAUUCACAACUGUUGGAUCUGGGUUUGUUCCUGUGCAUUAUGGUGCCAUACUUAAGUUUGAUGAUUGCACAACAUUUGAUAAUGUGACAGGAGAGGCAUGGGACAACAAUGUGAUUCUACAACUUGAACUCGCUAGUGGCAUGCCACAGAGAUUUGAAAUAGGCUUGAAUGAAGAUAGUAUGGUUAGUGAAGAAUUUGACACAUCUCAAGUCAGUAAAAAUGCAAAUCAUGUUACUGAUGAACCUAAGGUGAAUGAGUUAGAAGUUUCGCAACCUAUUGUUGAAGUCACUAAUUUGGGAACUGAGACAAAUAUUGUGGUUUCAUCAAACCAAAAUGAUGAUAUUGAGGAUGAUCUGGAUGAAGACGAUUUUGAGUCUCCUACUGUAAAAGAGAAGGAGAUUGUGUGGACUGAACAAGGGAGUGAUAGUGGUGCAAAAAGUAUCCUUCGUAAACCAAUGUCAAUGAUGCGCAGCUUCUCUGAGUCUAGUGCUGAUAUAGCAUCAUCAAUGGAUUACAUCAGUUCUGAUUGUAUACAUGAGGAAAAUAGUUUGAAAAAGACUGUUAGAUUUAAUGAUGUUAUUGCAAGACAAUUUUACAGGUAUAAUUCAUCAAUAGAAGGCCAGAAGAAAAAGAAUCAGCGGAAGAAGAGUAAAAAACGUAGUCAAGACAGAAGAAAGAGUGAAAGUGAAGCUGAAGAUGACAUAACUAACACCAAUAAGUCUUCAAAGCCCAGAUUGAAAUCUGUACUGAAACAGAGGCGUGAUAGCGGCCUAGCCGACACCUCCGAUGCGGAAGCAGAUUGCAAAUCUUCAUCAAUGUACUCUGAACCAGAUGACAAAGUCAGUGAUAAGAAUGGCAACGGAGACAUCAAUGGUAACAACGGCACCACCGAUAAUAUUGCAUUUAAGUCAAUGUUAAACAUUGUAGAUAAGAAUAAUCAAGGACAGGAACCAACUAUAUGGAAAUCAGACACUGAAACUAAAAAAAGCCACAAGAAAAAUCCUGAUUCCGUCACAUGUGAUAAUAUAAAACACAACACUGAUCUCUAUAAUCCUGAUAAGUUAAACAAAGGGCAAUAUUUAGAAAUUACAUUCAAAAACGAUCUCAUAUUCGAUUUGGACAUGUGAGGUUGGCUGACAUUAUUGACUUCCUGUGGAAUGAUAUAUUUAGAAUAUUAAAUUGCACUUAGAGUUAUAUAAACUGUGCAAUGUAUUUGUAGGUAUUAGUUAAUUUGAAUUAUGAAGAUAUUUUAUCGAUUUGCUGAGUUUAUGGCAAUGGUUUUUGUUUUCUUUAAAUCAUGAAUUAUUGUGUACAAUUCAUUGUCAAUUAUAAUGUUUGGGUGUGUGCCUCAAUGAAGUCUUGUGAGUGACAGUGACACGACACCAGUUUACAUUUGUCGAAAAUUAUUACUAAGUAACGUAAUCGCUCAUUUAGACAAUACGCAACUUAAAUGCAUUUGAAUGGUACAAAUUAGAUUUUAAUAUUGUAUUGGUGAAGUCUUAAUUGAAUUAAAUGAUUACCUAGGACUAGCCUACAUUUUAUAAUAUUCAUAGAUAUGUACGUAAUGCACUAUUAGCUUUCUUUAAAAAAGAUUCAAUAAUGAACGGAAAAUAUCGUACUUUUUAUGAAAUGGUCUUAAAUUUAUUUACGACUCGUUUUGAUAAUAAAAAAUCGUAAUGCAAAUCCUUAUCGACGUCGUAAGUAUACGAAUAUAAAAUAUGCUUUCAAUGAUUUUUAUUUUUAGCCAUAAUAAUAAAUUAAGAAUUAUUGAAAUUUUUAAUUAGCUCAGUUAAAUAACAAUUGGGCCAAACACGUUCCACAAUUUGAGCGGUUACCUGGGUAUUAUUAACUUUUUUUAAAGCAGUAUGUUUACAACUGUCUUUUUAAGUCAAUAGCAAUUUAAAUUAUUCGCUUGUCUUAGUAUAGUGUGUAUUAUUUUAUUGCAUAUUUUUUUUGUGUGAAAUACUACUUCAAAUGAAAAUUUAUACCAGUGAAAAUAUUUAGUGCCUUUACGGGAGAUAAAAUAUUAAUUUAAUAUCUUAAAUGCAGCAGAAACUGUUGUCAUAUACAUUUGCUUUCUUUUGAUAGAAAUUUUGCGUACUUUAAUGGAAAUUAAGUUAUAUGUAAAAUUUAAACGUUGAUUGUGAUUUAUGAAGUUACUUUAAUAUAAGAAUUCGUUCAAAU